AUGUCGGAACCUUAUAAACUUGGUGAUCUUGUAUGGGCCAAAAUGAAGGGUUUCAGCCCAUGGCCCGGCCGGGUAGCUAUUCCAACUCCUGAGUUGAAACCUCCCAAGAAGGCUACUAAUGUUCAGUGCAUAUACUUCUUUGGAACAAAUAAUUAUGCAUGGAUUGAGGAUAAUAACAUCAAACCAUACCAGGAGUAUAAAGAGCAGCUGAUCAAGUCUUGCAAGACUGCUGCUUUCAAGGAAGCCGUUAACCAGAUUGAAGAAUACAUUGUACAUCCUGAGAAAUUCGGUGAUUUGGACGAUCACGCUCGUAAUGCCGAAGAAGAGUUCGACAAACUGAAGGAUGUUAUGGAUUCCAAUGAGGAUCAGGAAGUUAAAGCUGAGCCCGAGAAAGGCACCUCUCCUGAAGUCAAGAAGAAAAGUUCUACGCCUAAGGAUACUCCACCGCUGGAUUUGGAAAAUGUAUCCGAGACAUUGCUGGAGAAGAACAUCAAAGCGAGCCAGAUGAAGUUCGGCUUCCUCGGGCUGGGCAUCAUGGGCAGUGGUAUCGUGAAGAAUCUGCUCAACUCCGGCCACAAAGUGGUUGUAUGGAACAGGACGGCUGCCAAGGCCGAAGUUGAAAUACUUUAUCGUUCGUAG